AUGGACUGCAGGAGGAUUGCCGACCAGGUCUACAACCUUGCGGACGCUGGAACAUCAGAUUCAUUGACACCGUUGGUGAAAGAGGCGCUAGAGGUCAUAGACUGCUGUUUGGACACCCAUGGACCAGACAACGUUUCGCUCAGUUUUAACGGAGGGAAGGACUGCACUGUCCUACUGCACCUGUACGCUGGGGCCCUCGCACGCAGACUACAACCAUCCGAGUCCAUGAAACCCAUCCACGCAAUCUACAUUCCUGUACCUUCGCCGUUCGCAGAGCUGGAACAUUUCAUCGACCAAGCGAUGGAGUCAUAUAACUUGGACUUAUUCUCAUGUCGACCCUCGGCGCCCCAGGUGGAGAGCGUAUCAACACCUAUACCCCGCCAGAACGGAAAGGACUACGUCAGCGCCCCAGCGCCAGUCGGCAAAGCUAAGGGCGGAGAGGGUAUGCGACAAGCACUGCAGACAUACAAGGACCACUUCCCACAUAUCACAGCCAUAUUGAUAGGAACGCGCCGGACCGACCCACAUGGCGCAAAACUAUCGCACCGAAACAUGACCGAUAAUGGUUGGCCAGCCUUCGAACGCGUCAACCCGAUUAUCAACUGGUCGUAUGGGGAUGUAUGGUCGUUCUUGAGAAGGCUGAGUGUGCCGUACUGUCGUUUAUAUGACGAAGGAUACACUUCUCUUGGAUCAACUUUCAACACCUUCCCUAACCCGGCCCUCCUAAUGUGCUCGCCGCCUUCACCAUCAACCGAAAUCCAAACCCCACUAACCGCGUCCUCCGUCAUCACUCCCUCAGCCGUCCUUGCGCAUGUAAUGGCCAACACACAUUCUGAACCUGAGUCCCCAGAAGGCGACCCUAUGUCGCCAACGGGUGUGCUCUCGUCCUACAUUUCGAAAACGCACACGAAGCCAAACGGUGUUGCACCUGAUUCUGUCACUGGGCACGCGCGAAAGAGCAUAAUCGUUGACACGAAAACGAAAUGCAACGGAAACCCGGUGUCACGAUAUUUGCCUGCUUAUGAGCUGAAAGACGGCAAUCUGGAGAGGUCUGGAAGGGCGUCAAUUCAGCCUCAAACGACGCACGACCAGUGA